UGCGCCAAAUCUAAUAAUUUCCAGUGUUUUGAUGUAAACAUUUUGUGUGUAGUCAUCACCAUGGUGCCUUCAGGUAAAUAGCUAGUUCUAGAACAAUGAACAAUAGUUCCCAUGAUUCAGCGCGCCACAAACAUGACCAGCCGUCCCCAUGGCGACCACAUCGUCUCCUCCACACCGACUACAAGACACGUAAACCUAUCUACGACUGAAGAGGUUCAAGGACAAGGGCCAAUGACGUUUCAAACUAAGUGAUGGGCGGCGUCGGUUCCAAGAAAAAUGCGUCCAUGGCUGGAUUUCCUUCCAGUGAAACUCCCGGCCUUCCCUCGACCUCCGCUUCAUCAAAAGAAGAAGAGACCGCUGCAAUCCAAACAUCCGCCGGUCAAGACGAGGGAACUUCUACUGAUCCUUUGACCCGAAGUGACCCCCAUCUGCAGUACUGUUGGGUGUGUGGAGUCAGUGUUCCCAACAGCUUCAGCGCAGCCUAUCAACACUGGAUGGGCAAACGGCACAGACGUAGGCUCAGAGAGCUGCAGGAAGAUGAGGCUGGCUCUGAUGACGUAGACGUUGCCAUGGAAACCUACAGGUCAGCAUCAGACUCGAGCUUGGUCACCGGACGCCUCAGAGGAAGGAGAUGGCGCAGAAACCAGGAGACUGAGAAACCAACAAACAAGGAGCGGACGCCUUCUCCACCCAGCACCAGAGGCAAACAGUCUUCCAAGAGCAAGAGAAAAGGCACCAAGAAAGGCAAACGGAAGUCGUCACAGCCUAGCAGUUCUUCUGAGUCUAAACGGCCGAGACUACAAAGUGACGAUGCAGAAUCUGACAGUGACCGUAAAGAUUUCCGUAAAGACGUGGGACCCAACAGUUGCAGGAGCAGUUUCCCAUCGCUCACGGACCUCUCGCAAUUGGCUGGAUCGAGUCACGUGACAGCCCCACCUCUCCCUCCAGAUGACGUCACACACGUCAUCUUCGUGGACUUGGACAACUGGAGUCACUUUUUCCAGAAACUUCCUCACGAGCUACCGAGUUUUUGUUGCAGCGGAUCGUUCGUGUACGGAUUUGCAGGUGGAUGCACCACCUGGCGGGAACCUAAGAACUGCAGUCCGCUGACCGCCCUUCAGCAGAACGGCUGUUUCUACAUGCACCCGUCCUGCGGCAGGUGGAAAGACGCGGCGGAUUUUGCCAUCUGUGUGCACGCCGGUAAGCUGGACGAAAGGCUACCCAAAGACGUCCCCUUCACCGUGCUGUCAGGCGACAAGGGUUUCUACGAGCUCGCACACCAGCUGCGCAUGUCCAGCCGCAGGGCACACAUCGUUAAUCCGCAUGCGUACGACAUGGACACGGUGCUUGGCUUGCUCAAUAGUAUCGGAGAAACUUGAUCUGCAGUACUGUUCUGUGUCGACUAGUGGCGUCUUUACCAUAUGUACAAGGGUAAUGAGAAACACUAAAACGUAUCUGUCAUGUUUGUAGUCAAAUCAAUUUGAGCAUUCCCGAAGCUUUUCAGUGUGGGUUUACUUGAGGCCAAUCCACAUGAGAAACUACGUAUCAUAAAAUGGAAUAUCUCGAUAAAGAAUUGCUUUCUCUCUAUCAAUGGUACCAUUGUCUUAGUCUUACAUUCACCGCACAAAGUUGAACAUUGUUGUUCUUGUUGAUCUCACUUGUAAUAAGAAGUGGUUGAAUGA